AUGGCCACUGCUUUUGAAACUCCAUACGUGGGUCACCAAACCGCAUCACUAGGGCUAUUAAACAUCAAAGCCAAUAUAAUCUCAUCUUGGACCUUGAUUCAGCCAAAUGCUAUGUCUCUCUCCAACCGAUUGUUAAGUGUCUUCGUCACACUCCUUUGGAUCCGACCCUUACCAUGGCAGAGAAUGCCCCUUGAUUCAUCUAUCCAAGGCAUUCUCCAUUGCAAGUUAUCAGGAAGGGAUCUGAUUGAUCUGGAUUCCAUCGCUUCAUUUGCUAAUAUCGAGAUGUUUUACAAGAUGGGUUAUGUGGGCAAUCUUGCCAUUUUAUCAAAGUUCAAGAAGCCAAAUCUUCCUCCAAUGCAGAUUUUCGCACUGAUUAUUAACAUUUUACUCUGA